CUCUGUUUCGAGCGAACCAUCUUUAGGCAGAACGGAAGGCAGAAAGAGGGGCCGUGGCGCAAUGAGGCGGACCCGCCGAAGUCGACCUGAAGGACAACUGAAAAAUAGGACUCGCCGAAUUUCUCUCCUCCGAAGAGGCUCAACAACGGAAAUCGAUCACGCAACGAGCAACUAGAGAUAGACCCAUCCUGGGCCGCAGAUCACCACCCCUGGAUCAUCACGGAGAUCAUGGCGGAUGCAUUCUUUCAGACGUCAAUUCCCGUCGCCCAUAAUGCCGUCAAAUCCAUCAUUUUCAGGUUCGCCGAGCUCCUGAUGGGCCUCUUCAUUUUCAAGUUCUUCUCCCUCGCCGCGGCCCGCUUCCGCCAUUUCACUCCCUAUCUCAUGUUUGCUGAGGGCUGGAUUCAGAGAGGGUUAUUCAUGUUUUCACGAGGGUUCUCUGGCGCCACCCUCCUCGUCCUCAUCUUCUCCCUCAUCAACACAGCAGCGUCGCUCUACGGCACACUUUUGUGGGCAUUGGACUCUCCCGGGUAUAUCUUUCGAGUUUACAACUCGACUGUCGCGGAGCACCGGUACGCGCUCAAUCCGGACGCCUCAUACGUCUUUUCACUGCCACUCGACCCGGUCAAGCUCAACCAGACCACCGAGACCCUUCCAAAGAUUAUGGGGGCCGAACUCUUCAAAUCCGGCUUCAACAUGUCGCUAACGGGCGAGGUCAAACGGGGCAAGCCCGAAACCACGGAACCGACGCGGCAUGAAGGCGUCGGCGCACGCAUCUGGCUGGACGAAGAGGGCUUCUCCGUUUCGGCCGACACCUAUGCCAGCUGGCCAGGUGUUCCCCCAACCAUCGACGGCGAGAACCUGGACUUCCCCUAUGACUGCAUCCAGUUCGACGGGGGAGUAGCCCGCUGGAAUUGUACCUAUCAUAACGCCUUUGCGAUGGGAUUCUUUCAGGCCCCGCUCGGUAGACCGGAAGUGCACUUUGACGACGAGUCAUCCAAGAACUACGACUCGCAGUACAUCCUCGCAAACCGCGUCGACAAUGCGUGGGCCGAUUACAGCAAGGGCUCCGGGACCGCAGUCAUGAUGCAGGUCUUUACCGUAACCAAAGGCAAGAGGCGACACACCUUCGCCGAAACCGUGUUCCGCGCGACCUUGCUGACGAACCCGGGCGUCUUGUUCGCCCGGGACGAUGUCGACGACCUGCUGCGGCGUGCAGCCGGGCGCAAUGAAACGGCCCGAGACGCUCCCAUGCUGGGACAGAUAGUCGAGGACAUUCUCCGCGCCCAGGACGAGGGAGUGAGCUACAACUACGGCGUGAACUAUGCCGAGAGCGACAACACCGUUAUACAAAACACCUGGUCCUAUUAUAGGGUCCUCAGAACCCCCGAUUUGAAGGAGGAAUACUCCAUCGUCUAUACUUCCGCGACGAACAUCACCCUCAUCCGCUCCGAGGACAUCGAAAACCCCCCAGGCCCGCUCGAGCCGUGCGACAAGCCGUUCAUGAACGAGGCCUUUGGAGGACAGGUCAGGCAGACAACUUGCGCCGGGGCAGCGGUUCUCGAACUCGACGCGCGGUUCUACGGCACCGUCGACACGGCCGCUGUCAUGAUCAUCAACGGUCUCGGCUACGGCCGGUCCAACGUCAGCUCCGAGUCCAUGGACCAGAGGGCCAUGGAGUGGGUGUGGGACAACACGCCGCGCAUGAUGGACCUGCUGGUGGCGAGGGGAUACGUCGUCAGCGUGGACCCUUCGCUCGUCGGCGUGUCAUUCGAGCAGAUGGUCGUUGCCAUGAGCGGUCUACAGCUGUUCCUGAGCAUCUUUGCCGGCGUUCUGGCACUUGCCGCGUGGGCUGCGCUGGCGUAUGGUGCAGACGACGGCUGGUCCAAGAGCAUGCUCGCCAACCUCGUGCAUACCACGCUGUAUCGGGGCACGGCUGAGUCGAAGAGGGCGUAUAUGAGGGCUGCUCCGGAUGUGGAUAUGGUGGUGCAUGGGGAGGGGGACUACCUUGUCGUGGACGGCAAGCCGGUCAUCCUCCAUCAGCCGCCUGAGACGCCCGUGACACCCUCUGUCUCGAUGCAAUAUUUCGGUGGAAAUAUGCCCAAGGAAGCCAUGGUGUCGGGCGUUCCGGUUGGUUCGAAAGCACAAGGGUAUCAGUAUGCUCCAGUGCCGCAGUGACGUACCUUACCUUAUUCAGACAUGUGCCAUUCAUGUUCUGAUCUUGGCCGUGAUGAUAUCUAUUACGAAGAGUCCCUUCUACCUCAC